AUGAUAUAAUAGAUUAAAUAUUAUGACUAAUUAGAAGAAUUUUUAAACUCUUCACUUUAAUCUCAUUAGGCUAUCCAUAUUACUCUGAGUUCCAAUUAAAUUACAGAUGAAAAUUCAUCAGACUUGGUUUCUGCAUUAGCAAAUUGCACAAAUCUCUCAAAUUUGAUACUAGAUCUUCGUUAAAAUUAAAUUGGUGCAAUUAGUGCAUUAGGCUUAGGUUCUGCUUUAGCAAAUUGCAAUAAUCUCUCAAAUUUGACACUUUAUCUUGAUAACAAUUAAAUUGGUGCAAAAGGUGUAUCGAGUUUAGGCUCUGCUUUAGCAAAUUGUGUUAAUCUCUCAAAUUUGGCACUUCAUCUUUAAUAGAAUUAAAUUGGGAAUGAUGGCGCAUCAGGCUUAGUUUCUGCUUUAGCAAAUUGCAAUAAGCUCUCAAAUUUGACACUUAAUCUUGGUAGCAAUUAAAUAGGUGCUAUUGGUGUAUAAGUCUUAAGCUCUGCUUUAGCAAAUUGCACUAAUCUCUCAAAUUUGACACUUUAUCUUGAUAACAAUGAAAUUGGAGCAAGUGCAUCAGGCUUAGGUUCUGCUUUAUCAAAUUGCACUAAUCUCUCAAAUUUGACACUUUAUCUUGAGAAGAAUUAAAUUGAUGCAAUUGGUGCAUCAGGCUUGGGUUUUGGUUUAGAAAACUGCACUAAUCUCUCAAAUUUAACACUUUAUCUUGGCAACAAUCAAAUUGAUGCGAAUGGUGCAUCAGGUUUAGGAUCUGCUUUAGCGAAUUGCACAAAUCUCUCAAAUAUGGCACUUUAUCUUGGUAAAAAUUAAAUUGGUGCAAUUGGUGCAUCAGGUUUAGGUUUUGCUUUAGCAAGAUGCACUAACCUCUCAAAUUUGACACUUGUUCUAUAUAAUAAUUUAAUCGGCGACUAAGGAGCAUCAGACUUAUGUUCUUCAUUUGCAAAAUGCAUUCAUCUCUCAAAUUUGACACUUAUUCUUGUCAAAAAUUAAAUUGGUGCAGUUGGUGCAUCAGGUUUAGGCUCUGCUUUAGCAAAUUGCACUAAUCUCUCGAAUUUGACACUUGUUCUUUAUAGCAAUAAAAUUGGUGACAAAGGUGCAUUAGGAUUAGGUUCUGCUUUAGCAAAUUGCACUAAUCUCUCAAAUUUAGCACUUAAUAUUGGUAGCAAUAAAAUAGGUGAUGCAGGUUCUUUAGGAUUAGGUUCUGCUUUAGUAAAUUGCACUAAUCUCUCAAAUUUGACAUUAGAUUUUACAUAGAAUUAAAUUGGCGCAAUUGGUGCAUCAGGCUUAGCUUCUGCUUUAGCAAAUUGCACUAAUCUCUCUAAUUUGGCACUUGCUUUUAAUAGCAAUAAAAUUGGUGAUGAAGGUUCAUAAGGUUUAGGUUCUGCUUUAUAAAAUUGCACUAAUAUCUCAAAUUUGACUCUUCAUCUUGUUAACAAUUAAAUUGGUUCAGUUGGAGCAUUAGACAUAGGUUCUGCUUUAGCAAAUUGCACUAAUCUCUAAAAAUUGACACUACAUUUAUUUUAAAACUAAAUCGAUGAAUCAUAAUAAUUGAAAGUAGAAAGCACCUGCCUUAAAUCAAAAAGAUUAGUUGCCUUAACAAUAUUUUUCUGA